AUGGAUCUCUUCAUCUCGACAGUCGAUUUUGUGAAGAGGCAGGAGCAGGGCAAGUCCGGUGCGGGCAAACUGCUUGAUCUUCUCGCAGACCCCUAUCGAUCGCAGCUCUCCCAGUCUUCCAUCUUCGCAAGUUUGGGCACGUCGAUCGGCUUCACCUUACUCCUUGCCCUCGGAUUCUCCCUUCUGAGACCCUACAACUCCGUCGUGUAUUCACCGAAAUUAAAGAUUGCAGACGAGAAACAUGCCCCUCCACCGAUGGGAAAGGGAAUGCUGGCGUGGGUGGGGCCGGUUCUGAAAACGAAGGAGCAAGACUUGGUGGAUCUGAUUGGACUCGACGCUACGGUCUUUCUGAGAGUUUUGAGGAUGUGCCGGAAUAUGUUCCUGGCGAUAACUGUACUGGGAUGUGGAAUCUUAAUACCGGUCAACUUGUCCAAGGGUCAGAAGUUCUCACAAUCGAAUGCAGUGAGCAUGGUCACGCCUGUCAAUACAUUCGGAUCUGCCAAUUGGGGGAUGGCGAUAUGCGCAUGGCUGUUUAACAUCAUCUUGGCUGCAUAUUUAUGGUGGAACUACAGAGCAGUACUCAGACUUCGAAGACAGUAUUACGACAGUCCAGAGUACAAAGCUAGUCUGCAUGCCCGAACAUUGAUGAUAAACGAUAUUCCCAAGGACUCUCGAUCUGACGAGGGUAUCGGAAGACUGAUUGAUGAAGUUGUGCCAACAUCGUCCUUCUCGAGGACAGCCAUAGCUCGAAACGUCAAAGAGUUGCCAGAGCUCAUCGAACAACACAAUCAGACUGUUCGCGAUCUCGAGAAAUUCCUGGCGAAAUAUCUGAAGGACCCCAAUAAUCUCCCACCGCGCCGGCCAGUAUGCAAGCCUUCGAAAGACGAUCCAAAUUGGGGUUCCUACCCAAAGGGCCAGAAGUUGGAUGCCAUUGAAUACCUUACACAACGCAUAAAGGAGUUAGAGACAGAGAUCAAAGAGGUCCGCACAACGGUCGAUAUGCGAAACCCCUUGCCGUAUGGAUUUGCGAGCUAUGAGCAAAUCGAGGAGGCUCAUAGCAUCGCAUUUGCCGCGAAGAAGAAACAUCCCCAAGGCACCAGCAUCGUGCUAGCUCCGAGGCCAAACGACAUCAUCUGGAAGAACAUGCCUCUCAGCAAGGCACAGAGGCGGACAAGGCGAAUUGUGAAUAACCUCUGGGUUACGCUCUUGACUCUCGUAUGGAUUGCGCCAAAUGCUAUGAUCUCCAUCUUCUUGGUCAAUUUGGCGAAUCUUGGUCUUGUUUGGCAUGGUUUCAAUGAUUCACUUGCUGCUCACACAAGCUGGUGGUCAAUCGUUCAAGGUGUUCUCUCUCCGGCUCUCACUUCAUUGGUGUACCUGAUUCUGCCAAUUAUUUUUCGACGUUUGGCGAUCAGGGCUGGAGAUACAACGAAGACUGCCCGCGAGCGUCAUGUGGCGGGCAAACUCUACACCUUCUUUGUCUUCAACUUUUUGAUUGUGUUCUCGGUAUUCAGUACCAUCUGGACAUUUGUCACCAGUGUCAUUAAACAGACAGCAAACGGAACGGAAGCUUGGGCUGCCAUUAAAUCUGCGGAUUUUGCCGAGUCCCUAUUCAUAUCGCUUUGCGAUAUCUCAACCUUCUGGAUCACUUGGUUACUUCAAAGAAACCUGGGAGCUGCGAUCGAUUUGGCUCAAUUAUGGACUUUGGUGUACAGUUUCUGUGCUCGAAAAUGGUCCCAUCCAACUCCUCGGGAAAUGAUUGAGCUCACGGCACCGCCUGCUUUCGAUUACGCCAGUUACUAUAAUUACUUUCUGUUCUACACGACUGUUGCCCUGUGCUAUGCAACUCUUCAGCCUUUGGUCCUUCCAGCCUGCGCGUUGUAUUUCGCGCUCGACGUUUAUCUGAAGAAAUACUUAAUCCUCUACAUCUUCAUCACGAAGACCGAGUCUGGCGGCAUGUUCUGGCGCAUGUUUUACAACAGAAUGAUCUUUGCGGCUAUCUUGUCAAACCUAGUAGUGUUUCUUGCCGUUUGGGUGCAUGGAGACGGUGGUCACAUGGAAGCCUAUGCGGUAAUCCCGCUGCCAUUUUUGAUGCUCGCCUUCAAAUGGUACUGCAAGACUACCUUCGACGACAAGAUUCACUAUUAUAUGACCAGGGCUGGUAUGAAAGACCAUGAGGCAAGCCGCACCAAGAUUUUCGAUGGAAAGCGGGACAGGCUCGCAUCUCGAUUUGGUCACCCUGCGCUUUACCGACCAUUGAUCACUCCCAUGGUGCAUGCCAGCGCACAAAACAUUUUAGCAUCUGUUUACGGUGGCCGUCUGACAGAUAGCAACAUUCCAGGUUCUGGUGAGUCCGGAUCUGUUUCUGGAUAUUCAGAUACAUUUGCAUUGAAUCUCAUGCAAGAAGGUCGUCCAGGCCAACCAAAAACAGCACUGGGUGUCCCUGGAUUCGAGAUCGUGCCUGAGAAUCGUCUUGAUUUCGAGUAUUACAAAGGCCGACAAGAGUUUGGAGAUGAACAUGGUGGGAGCGGAGGUAUUUAUGGUAGAGCAGAAGAUAUUAUCAGAACUGAUACGCCUGGGAGCUCUUCUGUUUGGGGUUCUGAUUCAAGACCUGGAACACCUGUCAUGCACCACCCCACCCCCAAGCGGGAUUAUACAGGUGCUUCGACAGUGUCAUACGAUGCGCAAGGCGAUAUUGGAGUGGGCGGACACCACAAUCCGAUUUAUGGCCACAGAAAUGAUAGCCAGAUAGGACUGGUUCAUGACGCAGCAGAUAUGCCUCUCGCCUCUCCUCCUAUAAUGGUAAACCGAACGAGAGAGCAAAGUCUAGAGAGAAGAGCCCCUGGCUUCUUGGGCGGCGGCCCACAAGGAUACGGUGGUUUGCCUCAGCAUGAAGAGGACGCGGAUCCGAUGUCUUAUGACUACUUCAGGACAAGGCGACAGCAUAGGGAUUCGUAG